AUGAUAGGUUCUAUAGCUAGUGGUGGAAAAAAUAAUGUUGGCAGCUGGAAUCAAAUUUACUCGCUCAUCAUUCAUUAAUGGGGACUAGUAGAUGGAGCAUUAGUCACUCCCAAAACCAGAAAAGCGAUGCGAUGCAACCUAACCUAAAAUUCAUCAUCAAAACAAGUUGUGGUGUAUUUUUCCUGUUUUUAUACUGCGAAUUUGUCAUUUUCUACAUUGUACAACUGAAGUGUGACUGGCCAGAACUCAGUCCAGAAAAUGGACCGCAAUUCGACGAGGACCCUGUCAAAGUUAUGGUCAUCGCAGACACCCAUUUGCUGGGCUCCAAAAGGGGCCACUGGUUCGAUAAAUUACGGAGGGAGUGGCAGAUGUACAGAGCGUUUCAGACCGCCAUGGUGAUACACAAACCCGAAUUGGUCUUUGUUCUGGGUGACUUAACUGAUGAGGGACUCUAUUGUAGCAGUUCAGAGUUUGAGUACUAUGUGAGGAGGUUCUACAGUUUGUUCGAGGUUCCUGAAGGAACCAAAAUGUAUGUUGCUGUUGGUAACCAUGAUAUUGGGUUCCAUUAUGGGGUGAGUCCAUAUUUGAAUGAAAGAUUUGUAACAGCUUUCAAUGCACCAGCAGUACAACUCAUCUCUGUUAGAGGAAAUCACUUUGUUUUAGUCAACAGUAUGGCUCUAGAAGGUGAUGGCUGUUUUCUAUGUAAGCCUGCUGAACAACAAUUAACUAAAAUUCAAAAAAUUCUCCAGUGCACCAAAGGAACUUAUGCAAGUAAAUGUAAUCCAAAGAUGAAAUUAGAUGUCUAUAGUCGACCAGUUUUAAUGCAGCAUUACCCACUGUACAGACAGUCGGACAUGGAGUGCUCCGACUUCGAUUCUGCCCCUUACCCCGUGAAACAGGAGAGGUUCCGCGAACGUUGGGAGUGCCUCAGCCAAGAGGCCACUCUCCAGAUACUCGACCAGCUCAAGCCGAGGCUGGCCCUGUCGGGGCACACCCAUCACGGGUGCACCCGCCCGCUGCCCACGGGCGACGGGGUCGAGGUCACCGUUCCCAGUUUCAGUUGGCGCAACAAGGAUAAUCCCAAUUAUUUAUUGGCUGUUUUUAGUCCAAACAACUAUGCAUAUGCCAAAUGCGAGCUUCCCAGAGAAUCCACGGUGAUAAAUUUGUACAUGUUCGGCGCCACUAUGUUCAUCCUCUGGUUGAUUUACUCUUUGAUGUGCAGAGGUAGAAGAAAAUACAAGUAUCACUGA